GGCUCUCCCUCGGACUACCUAGACAAUUUAAAUAUCAAGACAAAGCGGAAAUUUCCUGCUUCCCCAUGUCGUCUCAACACGACCUGUUCCGCGAGUGAUCUCAGUACUUACUCACCCCCGAUGCUGUGUCAUUAUGCCAUAUACCCACGAUUGCUGUUGGGAAGGUUGGAAUUCGAUUCCAUUCUGCGAUCCUACAUUUGUUUCCAUAGAUUGGCAUUCUCUCUAUCAUUUCCUAUUCAACUAGUACAAGGAGCUGUACAUGAGUCUGAUGAUUUUCUGCGAUUCAGAUUAUCAUGGUUUCUACUACCCACUGAAUUGACAUCCCAAGUGUUUGACAUAAAUGAACGUAACCCAUGUACAUAUAUCCUAAACGCGCUGAACCAAUGUUAG